ACCAGAUCGUACACCCGGUUUUCUUCCGAGCGGGUGACCACCAACAUCAAUCAUCCAUCCAUCCCAUCUGGUCAUCGGCGAUACUCCACCACCCCUUUCCCUGAUUCAGUACCGCACCGGCAACGUAACAGAACGGCUCCAAUAUAAACAGCAACGGACAAGCCUCUGCUGUCAUUGAUAUUACUGGCCCUGUGGAAGACCCUGUGAGAGAAGCAAAGGGGCAGAUCAAAGCGCCCAGUCCCGCCGUGCUCCAUCUGCGCAGCGGGUUACCAGCUGCCCAUUCGCCCAGUUGGUCCACAUACUUACAACUCUGUUUCGAGCACUCAGACGCACAACAAAACCGAAAACCACCUUUCGCCCAGGAAGAAAGGACUGACCGGACCAGGAAAACCAGGGAGGAAUUCCGGUAGUUUUCUACCAACAAAUACCACGAACAAAAAGAAAGGAUGUGCUACUUUGACCACAUUCGAUGGAGCUGCGGUUACUGGAAAUGGGGCAACUUCCGGCAGCAAUGCACCAAGGAAUACAGGACGGGGGAAACGUGCGGGCUGAAGCUCGUCUACGACACCGACUAUCUGCCCAACCAGUGCCGAAUCUGCGAUAACGUUCAUAAAAAAACGCGCCGUUACUACAAGAUGGCGGCCGACGUCGAGCGCUGGCGCCACGAGGGGGGUCGAACAGCAACCAUCGAGAAGACCGAGGACGAUAUGGAUGAGCUGUCAAGACAAAUCGCCAACCUCAACGCGGAACAUGCUACGAGAGUGAGUAGCGUGUCGUAGAGUGGUGUGUGUGGGGAUGAUUGGGAAAAGGGGGAGAAGAUGGAGAGCAAUAUGCAAGUGGGGAGCAAGAGAGGAAGAGAAGGAAAAAGCAGAAAAGAGAAUGAGGGGUUACGUCAGUCUGAAUCACGCAUGGAGCGUGGAGGGGCUCUCCCGGAAAUUGAAAAGAUAUUCCGUUUUUUCGUGGUCUUUUUUUGGCGAGGCGCUUACCUCGAGGAUGUGGGACACAGUUGUGGAAAAGAGAACAACAGCAGGAAAUCAGGCAAAGGCAUAAUUACUCCCAAGGACAAAGAGAUCCGAAGGGAUGCCGACAAAAUAAUGGUCUAGGUGACGGUGGAGGGAUGCCAAGGGGAUGAUAAGGCAGAGAAAUAAACAAGGGGCAAAGGGAACGGGGUUAUGUUUUCAUCUCACGGCGUUGGCGUGCUUUUCUCUCUCUUUUCUCUGGUCCUUUUUUGCUUUCUUUGGAGUCUUUAAGGGGCGUUACCCUGGGUAGUAACUGAUCAGCUUUUUGAAUGUGGUGUUUGAAGGGGCCUCUUCUCUGCGGCCUCUUGCUUGGUCGUCUUCUCCUCUUCUUUCGCAUGUUUGGUAGUGUCCUCGUGGCACACUCAGAGUGAUUUAGUCAAUGGUCAACGAAAUGAAGAUAAACGAAAGCCC